GGGAUUUGAACCAAUCCGGGUAGGAAAAAACGCUCUUUGGGCAGAGGAAAUUGUAGCCCGCCAUUGUGUAAGACGCACUGUGUAGAGAGCAGGGGGCAACUAUUUUAGAGCUUUUUUCUGUCCUGAAAUUGAAAACGCAGCGUCGAAAGGGAAAGAAAUGUCAACCGGCAGCCUGGUGGGGCAAGUAAAGAGAGACACUUUAUGAAGCGGAGCUCGCCGUGUGAGUGAGUAGCGUAGCGCGGUGUAGAGUAGUGCGGUGCAGUGCAGCGGUAGGCCUGACCACCUGCUGUCCGACUCCCUGGUCUAAAAAGAAAACCUCGUUCAUUUUCCCGUCUUUUUCAUCCUCACAACUCAAACCUUCAUGAAUCACCUGGACCCAAUCCAGAGACCGAAAGGCCAAGGAAACAAAGUGCAAAACGGAGCUGUUGCCCAAAAGGAGACUUUAAAUGAUGAUGAGUUCGAGCCUUAUCUGAACGCUCAGCCCAGACAGAGCAAUGCAUAUACGGCUAUGUCCGAUUCCUAUAUGCCUAGCUACUAUAGCCCCUCCAUAGGAUUCACCUACUCGCUUAAUGAAGCAGCGUGGUCCACCGGUGGUGAUCCUCCUAUGCCCUACCUGGCCUCUUAUGGACAGCUUAGCAAUGGGGAGCACCACUUCCUCCCGGACGCCAUGUUCGGCCAGUCAGGGGCACUUGGGAGCAACCCUUUCCUGGGUCAGCAUGGCUUCAACUUUUUCCCCAGCGGAAUCGACUUCUCGGCCUGGGGGAACAGCAGCUCUCAGGGACAGUCCACGCAGAGUUACGCCUACGCGCCCAGUUCGCUCGGGGGCGCUGUGAUCGAUGGACAGUCUCCGUUCACCGCCAAUGAGCCUCUUAAUAAGGCUGUGGGGAUGAACAGUUUGGACCAGAGUAUGGCAGGGUUAAAGAUCGGGGCAGGAGACAUGACGCCCAAAAUUGUUGGUUCUGGACUUCCUGGUGGACCUUUGAAUCAGGUAUCGGCGGCUCCGAGCAUGCCCCCGCCUUCCAUUGCACCCGCCAAAGUGGCAUCCUGGGCGGACAUUGCCAGCAAGCCUGCCAAACCCCAGCCUAAGAUCAAGACUAAAGGCACCUUGGGGGGCACGAACCUUCCCCCUCCUCCAAUCAAACACAACAUGGAUAUCGGCACGUGGGACAACAAAGGGGCUGUGCCGAAAGCAGCAACGCCUCAGCAGCCUGCACUGCCUACCAACGGACAGCCACCCAAUCAGGCCUCUCCUCAGCCAGCUGCACCUGCCAUAGGGGUACCCCAGCUUCCCCUUACCAACGGACAGCUAGCACCCCCUUCUGUUCCGUUAGGACAGCAUCCCCAGGCUCCUAAUGGGCAGCCAGGUAUGGCUCCACCUCAACUUCAAGGCCCACCCCCUCCACCGCAACCGUCUCAACCAACCCGCUGGGUCCCUCCUCGCAACCGGGCCAACGGUUUUGGAGACGGGGGAGGCGGGGCCAGUCAGUCCCCUCCCAGUGCCGGAAUAGGUGGCAUCUGUGUGGCGUCGGAGCCGCACCCGGUUCUCGAGAAGCUACGCCUUGUUAACAACUACAACCCGAAGGACUUUGACUGGAACCCCAAGCAGGGACGCGUGUUCAUCAUAAAGAGCUACUCGGAGGACGACAUCCACCGCUCCAUCAAGUACAACGUGUGGUGCAGCACGGAGCACGGCAACAAGCGGCUGGACGCGGCGUACCGCUCUCUGGUCGGGAAAGGCCCGCUCUACCUGCUUUUCAGCGUCAACGGCAGCGGCCACUUUUGCGGCGUGGCGGAAAUGCGCUCGCCCGUGGACUACAACACGUGCGCCGGCGUGUGGUCGCAGGACAAGUGGAAGGGUCGGUUCGACGUGCGCUGGAUCUUCGUCAAGGACGUUCCCAACAGCCAGCUGCGUCACAUUCGCCUUGAGAACAACGAGAACAAGCCGGUGACCAACUCGCGCGACACGCAGGAGGUCCCGCUCGACAAGGCGCGGCAGGUACUCAAGAUCAUCGCGGGCUACAAGCACACCACCUCCAUCUUUGACGACUUUUCUCACUACGAGAAGCGCCAGGAGGAGGAGGAGAGUGUUAAAAAGGUGGAGGUCCAGGGGAAUGACCUGUACUCGAGUAAUCCCAGCCGGAGUCACUACAGACUGCAGGAUCGUCAAGGACGCGUCAAGUAAAAGCCACUUGGGUUUUUUUGGGGGUGGGGGAAUAAAGACUGACAUGGUCCUGCUCUCUCCAACCAUACAUCCAGAUGUUUUCACUGAUUCUUCUGGGAAAAGACUAAACCAAGGAUUCAAAGCAAGAAAAAGAAACGAACGAAAAAAAAAAACCAACCCUAAAUGAAGACUCUUCUCUUGAUUUUCUGUUGACUUAAAAGACUUACUUUGAACUUAUAGUAAAAGGAAAAAAAACGAUUAUUCAUAGGACUACAACUUAAUUCUAUAGGAUGCUUAGGUGAUCAUUUGCGCUCCUUUUUUCUUUUUUUUUUUUUUUUUUUUUUUUUUGCUGCUUCUCUUCUCCCUUUUUUUUUUUUUUUAAAUACCGUUUUGUUUUUACAGUCCAAGAGCAAGGCUGGUCUGCCUCAUCGCUAAAGUCUAUAGUGGAUUUUUUUUUUUUUUUUUUAGUAUUGGAUUCUAUGGCCUUGCCUGAACAUGGCAGUCUGUUUCAUUUCUUUGUUAAACCCUCCCUCUUUUUUUUCCCCCUUUUUAUUGGAAAUGAUCCCAUCAGGAUGCACAGUGGGAGUGGCCUUUCAGUGGAUGUUGCAUUUGUGAAUCAUUUCUACAGUCGCCUGUGAAAAUUCAUUGCCUUUCACACACAAAAAAAGGAACGAUCCCCUUUACUCAAUCAUAAUUAAUAUUCAGAAUUUUUUUUUUUAGGGCCUGGUGGAAGGUAAAAUUUUUGGUCAGGACAGUUUAAGCGAACACCAGAAAUGUUGCGUUCAUCCUUUUUUUCUUUUUCUUUUUUUUAAUGGUGUGCAAAAAAAUGGGGCUGUAUUUAAAAGUCUUCUGACCUUUUUUUUUUUUUUCCCCUCUCUCUCUCGCCUUUCCCCCCUCCCUUAAAUGAUGUUGCUACAGGCUGCUCUCUUCUUGUCAUCCGUUUUUUUCUUUCUCUCUCUUCUCUGUUAAAGUCCGCAUCGAGCUGGGCUGUGCGCCCUCUCUUUCUAUUACUCAGUUCAUGAAAAUAAAUGUGGUAUACUCAGCA